AUGGAAAACAAGGACAAGGUACAGUUGAGGAACCAUCCUCGCAGGCAGUUGAAGAAGCUGAGUGAGGACAGCCUGACCAAGCAGCCAGAGGAAGUGUUUGAUGUGCUAGAGAAACUGGGAGAAGGGUCGUAUGGCAGUGUUUUUAAAGCCCAUCACAAAGAGACGGGGGAAAUAGUGGCUAUUAAACAGGUCCCUGUGGAGUCUGACCUGCAGGAGAUCAUUAAGGAGAUUUCCAUAAUGCAACAGUGCAACAGUCCCCAUGUGGUGCGAUAUUAUGGCAGUUACUUUAAAGACAGUGAUCUGUGGAUUGUGAUGGAGUACUGUGGAGCAGGAUCAGUUUCUGACAUCAUACGGCUUAGGAACAAAACGUUAACAGAAGAUGAGAUAGCCACUAUUCUGCAGUCCACACUGAAGGGACUGGAGUAUCUUCACUUCAUGAGGAAGAUUCACAGAGACAUCAAAGCAGGGAACAUUCUCCUAAAUGCUGAGGGCCAGGCCAAACUCGCAGACUUUGGGGUGGCUGGACAGUUAACAGAUACGAUGGCCAAGCGUAACACGGUGAUCGGCACACCCUUCUGGAUGGCCCCUGAGGUAAUCCAAGAGAUUGGCUAUAACUGUGUGGCAGACAUCUGGUCCCUAGGCAUCACUGCCAUAGAGAUGGCUGAGGGCAAGCCGCCGUACGCUGAUAUACACCCCAUGAGAGCGAUCUUCAUGAUUCCCACGAAUCCGCCGCCGACGUUCAAAAACCCUGACAUGUGGUCGGAACAGUUCAGAGACUUUGUGACACAGUGUCUGGUCAAGAACCCAGAGAACAGAGCCACUGCCACUCAGCUUCUUCAGCACCCCUUCAUUAAGAAUGCCAAGUCGUGUGGUAUUCUGCGUGCCCUCAUCACCGACGCCAUGGAGAUCAAACUGAAGAAACAGGAGGCCCAGCAGAGAGAACAGGAUGUUGAAGAUGAUGACAACUCGGAUGAAGAUGAGGUGGACCAGGGCACCAUGGUCAGGGCUGGGGGUUCAGAUACCGGGACGAUCCGGGCUGCAGGCUCAUUGGGCAACACACCCAUGGGCACCAUGAUUGAGCGCGACGGUACCAUUCAGUCUCAGCUGGGCACCAUGGUCAUUAACUCGGAUGACGAGGAUGAGGACGCAGGGACCAUGAAACGUUGCCAGGAUACCAUGCAGCCUGCGAAGCCGUCCUUCCUUGAGUACUUUGAGCAGAAAGAGAAGGAGGCCAACAGCCAUGGCCGGGCCAGCGACCAGAGCAACAACGUUGACAAGUUCCCUGGAGAAUACGACCUGGAGGUGAUGCGCUCUUGGAGCGUGGAGGAGCUGAGGAGGAGGCUGGCUUCACUCGACCCUCAGAUGGAGCAGGAGAUCGAAGAGAUCAGACAACGCUACCAGGCCAAGCGCCAACCCAUCCUUGAUGCUAUCGAGGCAAAGAAACGGCGUCAGCAGAACAUCUGAAAUUCUGCUCUCCGGUGGCUCGGCGAAGAAUCAGACUUCUUACGGUCAACGGUUCUGGACGUCACCACCUGGCCUCAUUUUUGAAGUUUGACUGAAACUGUUCUGUGCUGCAUAGCAUGCACUGUUUCUCCUAACUUAUUUCAGUUCACUCCAUCAGCGCACUUAUUCUGUUUGUUUAUUGGUGUAGGGUUUUUGUGAAUGGAUAUAAAUUUGGUACAUUGUCUUUUACCUUUGAUAGAUUUUCCAGAGUCGUGGUACUGUUGAACUGUGUAGCAUUUCAAUCAAGGAGGAACAUAAUCACAUAUUCCACCAUACGU